AUGAGGACGGAGCCCAACGUCUAUAUUUUGUUGAUCCUCGUAGGAAAUUAUUUAGGAGGGUAUGUGGAAGCUAACGCAACGGGUCCGGCGCUGGUGGUGACGGCGAGCGCCCCCGGGGCCGGCGCGCCCGGGGACGCGCCCGCGCUCGCCGAGCUGGCCGUGCUGGCGCUGCAGGCGGUGGGCGAGCGCGCGCGCGCCGUGCCGCCGCCGCCCGCGUGCCGCCCGCCCGGCGCCGUGGACGCGCCGCAGUGCCGCGACGCCAUCAGGGCAGACCUGCGGCGCGGCGGCCUGCACGUCGCGCUCGUCACCGUGCCGGCGGCUGCCGCUCCUCACUCCCAUUACCUGCAUGACCUCGGCCUCGAUGAAUUAGGUGAUGUGGCGCCCCCCGCGCGUCGCCUGUGUGUCUCGCCAGCACCAGCACUCUCUCUUCUUGACCUCUCUAGUGAAAAGCUUGCUAAUAGUUAUUUCGUCUCAUCUGAUGAUCUCGCGAAUGUUUUAAAUAAAACAUUAAUGAAUUAUGAAUAUUCUGAAAACGUGCUACAACCGGACUGGUGCACCGCCUUCGAAACAAAAUGCGCAACUAUAUUUACGAGUGAUAUAGGUGAAGCGUUUGCAUUGAUGGACGUUGUGCGAAAAAAUAAACUUUAUGCAAGCGUGCAUCCAUUAGGGUCGGCAUUGCCCACUGCAGCUGCAGCUCUAGGCUUACGCGCGUUAGUUUGCGACUGGAAUGCGCAACAAGCUAAUCGUUCUGUACUUGCUCUUCAUACACUCGGACCGCCGCCUUGCGAUGCUUUUUCGGACAUUGACCGAUGCCCGUUUGAAAGCCGCCGCUUUAUGAAGCUAGUUAAUUAUAGAGCCCUAGCUCAUUCUCAUGCAGCUCUCCUGGCCUUACUGCAACUCCGUAUAAAAAGCAAUGAGCUAUAUGAGCUCACACAGCUAGCCAAAGUUCAUGAUUCUAAAACUGCAGCUGUAGAAUUUCUCAGACGUCACCCCUUGAAAGGCCUAAUUAGUGAAGUACGAGUUGCUGUACUCUUACCAGCAACUACACCGCGGGAAGCAUACGAUGGAGCAUCUCUGGCUGCUGCGGCAGCACUUGCUGAAGCUGAUCUCGAAAAAGAUUGGUCUGGAAUUAGAUUUAAGGUUCAAACACACGACGACAGAUGCGACGCUACCACCGCCGUCCAGUACUUGUACUCUGCGCCGAGCGACGAGUACGACGGCCUGUCGGCCCUAGCGGGGCCGGCGUGCAGCGCGGCCUUCACGGACGUGGCGCGCCAGAGCCUGGAGUUCCGGCUGCCGGCGCUGGCGUACAGCGCGCAGGCGCCUCCACCGGGCGCGCUGGCGCUGCUGGCGGCCGGGGACGCGCGCCGCGCCACCGCCGCGCUGGGCGCGCUGCUGGCGCGCCUGCGCCGCCGCCGCCUGUCCGCGCUCACCGAGCCCGCCACGCGCGCCUCCUUCGCAGCCGCACGCCUGCAGACCGACCUCGUCGCGCAUCUGGAGCUACCCAGUGAUAGACCGGACUACGAUUACAAUAUAUUCACUAAGUGGGCGGAGCAUGUGGCGCAAGUGAACGCGCGCGUGAUCUACGUGUGCGUGGAGGACGUGCGCGCGGUGCGGGCAGCGCUGUGCGCGGGGCACGAGGCGGGGCUGCGGCCGCGCGCUGGCGUCGUGUGGCUGCUGCCGGCCGCGCAGCCGGUCGCCGCCGCCACCACCGCCGCCGCACCCUGCGCGCCCGAGCACCUGCGUGAGAUGCUCGACGGGCAUCUCAGCGUAGCGCCCGACUGGUUCGUGCCAUGGCUCGAAGAACCACAAAGUAAUAAAACGGAAUCAAAAGAAAAUCAUAUCAAAGAAGAUAAAAAUACAAGUGUUGAUGACAUUGUAGUUCGUAAGUGGCGUAUGCGAUGGUAUAAAUACUGUCGAUUCCAAGGCGGCGUGUGCUUGCGGCCCGGCCCGCAUGCCGCGCUGCUGUAUGACGCGCUGCGCCUGUGGGCCGCCCAGCUGCAGCGGCUCUUCCGCGAGCAACCUAAAGCACUCUACAAUUUGCACGACCCUGGACUUCUAAGAGCUCUGGUAACAAAUACGACAAAGAGUAAUUUUAAAGGACUAACAGGAGAAUUUAAAUGGGAAGCAGCUAGAAGCAGUGGAGAUAAUGGCACAGCAUUCGCGCGCGUGUCGCCGAUGCUACUGCUGCAGUGGGACGGGCGCCGGUACCGAGCGGUGGGCCGCUGGGAACGAGGCCGGCUCGAGCUACACGAGGAGUUGCUGCACUGGCGCACGGCCGAUGGCCUCUUGCCUGAUGAUGGCAGUGAAAAAUGUGUGCUGCAGCCGAUGGCCGAUUUUUUUCACAGCGAAUGUCGAACUGCUUUCAUAAUUCUGGGUGUACUUCUAUUUACACUAUUAAUAGCGUCGAUUGUUGCGACAGCAAUAUAUUGCAAGAAGCGCGUCGAGCGUAAAUAUCGAAACCGUCUGCAAGCUCUAGGAUUGCGGUCAAUUUUACCGAAAACUAUUGGACCAGACCGCUGGGAAAUACCGCGGGAACGUGUCGUCAUCAACCGCAAACUCGGCAUGGGGGCAUUCGGCACUGUGUAUGGUGGACACGCUCUACUGGCAGAAGACCGCGGUUGGACCGCUGUAGCCGUAAAAACUCUCAAAGCCGGUGCGAGUACUGAGGAAAAGCUCGAUUUUCUUUCUGAGGCAGAAGCUAUGAAACGUUUCGAUCACAAAAACGUGGUCCGACUCCUAGGAGUAGUGACGAAGACUGAACCUGUCUGCACCGUGAUGGAAUUUAUGCUGUACGGUGAUUUGAAAAACUACCUCCUGGACCGACGGCACCUGGCGUGCGCCAUCGCCGGCGAGGACCCGGAGGAGGAGGUGUCCGCGCGGCGGCUGACUGGCAUGGCGCUGGACGUGGCGCGCGCGCUGUCGUACCUGGCGCAGCUGCGCUACGUGCACCGCGACGUGGCCGCGCGCAACUGCCUCGUCAGCGCGCGCCGCGUCGUUAAGAUCGCGGACUUUGGCAUGACUCGACUAGUGUUUGAAAACGAUUACUACAGAUUUAGUAGAAAAGGAAUGCUUCCGGUGCGUUGGAUGGCCCCCGAGAGUCUGGCUCUGGGAGUGUUCUCCCCCGCCUCUGAUGUUUGGUCCUUUGGAGUAUUGCUCUAUGAAAUAGUCACAUUCGGAUCGUUACCAUUCCAAGGACUCAGCAACAGCGAGGUGUUGGCACGAGUGAAGGGAGGUCAAACACUCGAGCUCCCACCUGGAUUAAAACCCCAACUCGAGGGGCUGAUCAAGUCAUGCUGGCAGCAGGAAGCGCGCGCGCGGCCAACGGCGAGCGCGGUAGCGGCGUUUCUGGCGGACGCGCCGCGGCUUCUGGCGCCAUGCCUCGACGUGCCGCUGGACGCGCUGCCGCUGGGCGCGCCGCCGUGGCCGCCGCGCGAGCGCGCCCCCGCGCGCUGGCUGUCGUGGGCCGCGCCCGCCUCGCAGGCCACCGACACCACCUACCUCAGCGCCGACGCGCCACGCGAGACCGACCGCUUCCUGCCCGGCGCCGCCGACAGC